AUGUCUAGCAACAUUAUUGCAAGCAUCCAACCGGCAAAAGAAAGGUUAGCUAAUCUUCUUAAAGAAAUAAAUUUAAUGGAGAUCAAGUCUCCGGAAUCAAACUUGACGAAUAAACAGGCGAAAAAAGAGAUAAAAUUUACUCUUGCUUCGAAUAUUAAUGUGAUUCUUCCUCAUUUGUCGCUACCUACUUUCGAUGGAGACCCUAGACAGUGGCGACAAUUUUGGAACAGUUUUAAAGCGGCAUUCCACACACAAGCGAUUCCACAAAUACGAAAACUGAAUUAUUUGUACUCAUGCCUCAAAGGAAAAGCUCUACAAGCAAUAUCUGGAUAUGAUAUAGCUCCAGAGAAUUAUGAAGUUAUAAGAAAACUGCUCAACGAAAAAUAUGGCGAUCACUCAAUAGUAACGACAUUACUAUACAAUGAGCUCCAAUCAAUUAAAAGAAAUGAACGAGAAUGGAUUGGAACUAUUGAAAACAUAGAACGAGUACUACGUCAGUUAGAAGCUUUAGGAGAAAGCCUCGAACACUCAAAUAUCGAAAUUUUGAUCGAGAGUGAAUUGCCAUCAUGGAUAUUAAAUAAAAUAUAUAGACGAAAGAAGGAUAUGCACUGGUCAAUUCUUAAAUUAAGGAACUUUUUGACAAGCCUAGUUAAUGUGAAUGAGCAGAUUAGAAACUGUCAACAUUCACUCACUCAAACCAAUAUUAAAUAUACGACUACCAAACCUGAGCAAAAACAACGGUACAAUCCUGGAGGAACUUCAGCAUUGUCGACAACAAAAAAUAAUCAAAAUCUUUCGAAAAUUACAAUAAAGAAAAGAAGACCAUGUGUAUUCUACUGUCGAUGUCAUUAG